AGCGCUGGCUCAGCUUUGACCACGGAGUUUGGUGCGCGACUGACGGCCGCCGGGUCCUGCUGCAAGAAGAGACCGCCCGUCCAUCCCGCCUCUGUGACCCGCGGCGCCCAUCACCGGCCAGCGGCGGCAGCCAGCCCCAGCAGCAGGCAGCCGGUCCCAGAAGCGAGCAGCCGGCCACAGGAGCGGGCAACCAGUCCCCAGGAGCGGGCAACCAGCCGGGGCGCGGAGCGCGGCAGCCGGCGGAGCGCGUUUCCCUCGCUCGGCAGUCACAGCCCCACAAGCGGCAGGCGGUGAGGAUCGGUUCGGCUCCGCUCGGCUCGGUCGGCGCUGACGGAGGCGGGAGUCCGGCGGAGGAUCGGCCGUGCCUCAGCGCCAUGCCCACCGUCCGGCCGUGGUGGCUGCCCGUUCUCCUCCUCCUCCUCCUCCUCUUCAGUUACCGCACCGCCGCCGAGGGCCACGGCUCCCUGCGCUCGCCGGGCCCGGGCAGGCAGAGUCCACCGGCGGUGGACACGACGGGCGGGACCCCCGCGGUGCGGGGCGCCGAGCCCAAUGCCUCCCGCCCGGACACGCUGCCCAAAGGCGGGGGGCCGGCGGGCGGGCGGCCGCGUUCGGGCUCCCCCCCCAUGUGCACGGGGCAGACGGAAAUCAAGGAGACUUUUAAGUACAUCAACACGGUGGUGUCCUGCCUCGUCUUCGUCCUGGGCAUCAUCGGCAACUCCACGCUCCUGCGGAUCAUCUACAAGAACAAGUGUAUGAGGAACGGCCCCAACAUCCUCAUUGCCAGCCUAGCCCUCGGAGACCUUCUCCAUAUUAUCAUCGACAUUCCCAUCAAUGUCUACAAGCUACUUGCAGAGGACUGGCCCUUUGGUGUUGAAAUGUGCAAGUUAGUACCCUUCAUUCAAAAGGCAUCAGUGGGCAUCACAGUGUUGAGUUUGUGUGCCCUCAGUAUAGAUAGGUACCGAGCAGUCGCGUCUUGGAGUCGCAUUAAGGGAAUCGGGGUGCCAAAGUGGACAGCUGUUGAAAUUGUCCUGAUCUGGAUUAUAUCAGUGAUACUGGCUGUUCCAGAAGCUAUUGCAUUUGACAUGAUUACAAUGGAGUACAGAGGAAAGGAUCUUAGAAUCUGCCUGCUUCACCCCACACAGAAAACAUCAUUUAUGAUGUUUUACAAGCAGGCUAAAGAUUGGUGGCUGUUCAGCUUUUACUUCUGUUUGCCACUGGCUAUUACGGCAUUUUUCUAUACACUCAUGACCUGUGAGAUGUUACGAAAGAAAAGUGGGAUGCAGAUUGCUUUAAAUGACCACUUAAAACAGAGACGUGAAGUAGCCAAAACUGUGUUCUGUCUGGUACUUGUUUUUGCCUUGUGUUGGCUCCCACUUCACUUAAGCAGAAUAUUGAAACUCACUAUUUAUGAUCAGAAGGACCCCAACAGAUGUGAACUUUUAAGCUUUUUUCUCGUGAUGGACUACAUUGGUAUUAACAUGGCUUCACUGAAUUCCUGCAUCAAUCCCAUAGCUCUGUAUUUAGUGAGCAAGAGAUUCCAAAACUGCUUUAAGUCAUGCUUGUGUUGCUGGUGCCAAUCCAAAGAUCUGCUGUCCCUGGAGGAAAGGCAGUCCUGUUUAAAGUUCAAAGCUAAUGAUCACGGAUAUGAUAAUUUCCGCUCCAGUAACAAGUACAGCUCUUCAUAAAGGUAUAUUCCCUUACAUUAAUGCUGGUGCCUUUUUAAAUAAAAGUGGCAAUCACCUUUAACUAGAUGGUAACGUUAAAAAAAUCUAGUUUUGUGUUCACACAAAGAACAACAACAAAAAAAUGACAGCCCCAAAACUGUGUCAUGUUGAAAAUCCUGGACUUUUAUGAAAUCCUCAGUUAUGGAGCACGAAGAAAAGAGUAUCAAGAACAAGUCAUUGUUAGCACUUGAAUACUUCUGAAUCAGCACUUCCAAAUGAUCCCAACUUCCUGUACAUUAAAUGAACAUUUGUAUUCUCUAUAACAGUUGUAGGAACUGAAGUCACAGUAAUUACUAAGCAGUAUAAUUAACGUUAAUUGGAUCAAAGCCAUUAUUAUAUAUAACUCAAUGUAUUAUCUAUUAUAAAGCGAAUUAACUACCAUCACUAUUGUUUGUUUUUUAAUUUUUUAUUAAAACAUGAAAUACUUUGUAACAGAAGUUUAAAUGUAAAAAAGUAGAAUUUUUUAUCAGAGGUAUUAUAAAGGUAGCUAAUGAAAUUAUUAAAGGAUGCAAUCUCUGAUGAUUGUUUUUAACCUAUUGUUGUUAUAAGGAACCUCCCAAGGCCUCUGUAAACCGUUCUUUAACCACUGUGCAUUCUCAGUUCACUUGGCAGCACUUGGGGUAUGAUCCAUUUCACUGUUUCUGUGUCAUUCAUGUUUCACAGCAGUGGAAGAGAUAAAAACACUACAAGCAAACAUUAAUAAUUAAUGUUAAACUAUAAAUUAAAAAUGUAAUUACUGAUGGAACCAUACGAACAAUGGCUAGUAUUACAAAUCAGCCAUUUUUAACCUAAUUAAAAUUUAUUCUAUCCUGUGUAAACAGUGGGCAUUCAAAAACCUGACAGUCCUUUACUUGAGAUACUUUUACUUUGCAUUGUUUUUGCAAUUUAAAUACUGUCUUGGGGCAAAAUCCUUUGGAAAUAGAAGGUGGGAAAAAAAUUAACCAGGGGAAAAAACAGGGAGAAUUUGAACUUCUAUUUUCAUUCAGAUUUAAGUCUUCAUUAAGAAAAUAAUUCACCAACUGUAUUUCUAGAGAGCAGUACAGUACUGUGUAGCACGCUUGUCUUCAUAGUAUUUUAAAAUACCUUCUGCUUCUGUAUUUAUGGGCCUAAAAAGAAGUGUGAUGAGUUUCUGCUUCUGUAAAUAGUUUAGUGAGCCAUAAUUAAUUAUAAAGUAUUAAAAUAUGGGCAGGACCCUGUAAGAAAACAGAAAAAUAAAGGUGCCUGUAACAAACAUGAGGUGUAUUGCCAGGAGCAAUGCACGUAUACAUGGCAGGUCAUUCUUUUGGCUUAUCAUUUCCUAAUUUUUUGUUAAAGAUGCCCCCAAAGACUUUUUAAACAUAUUUUGUGCACUAAGGCAUGAGUUUUUCAAGAAAAAAUGUUGUAUAACAAGCUUUUAUAAAAAGAGUGUUUUCAAUAGGCAUGGCAUUCUUCUAAUAAAAAUAUUUAUCAAAACUCAGGAAUUUUUUUAAAUUAAUUUCCAAUUUUCACAUGCAAGGAUUUUUAUCUUUUUUUUCCAAUCUUGAUUAACUUCAGAUUUUUUAAGAAAGUGCCUUAAAUACACUGAGGAUGGCAACAGUCUCACUAAAAUGUUCAGCUGAUGUUACUACCUUAGAUGGGUUUCAUCUCACCUGACUAUAGAUAGCCACAGCUACCUUGCAAACACCUAAAAAUGGGAGAGGUGAACCCCAUUCCUGGUGUUGCCCCCAUCACAAGCUAUCAACUCUGUGCUUGUAUAAUCAAGCUGAGGACCUAUGCACAUGCAUUUGAGCAUGGGCACGUGUGUGUGUGUGAGUGUGAGUAAGUGUGCAAGUGUGCCCCUUGUCCACCGUUAGGUUGUUGCUGUCACUGUCUUUCCACACACCUGCACCCAACUGCUACAGUGCUGAACUUCUUUUAUAUUAUACAUCUAUUUAAAGUUUUGUUCUUUACAUUUUUACCUUUAACUUCCAUGGUAACUUUGUCAUGGUGAGCCGUGAAUAUCACUUCUUCACUUCAUCCUGCCUGCCUCUGUUUCUGUGAAAUGAGUUUCAUCUGUUCAGGAUGGAUAACCAGUGAAAUCCUAAGUUUCAUACUGAUCAGUGUUAUUUCCAUCAAGUCAUAUUGUUAACAAUAAUGUACAUGUAUAUUAUUGCUAUUUUUAUUUAAAAUAUAACUGUUGUAUUGGCAACUUUGUAACAUAUUUUCAUUUUUUUGCCUGGACUAAUUGUUUAUUAAGACAAGUCCUGCUAAGUCAGACGUUUAGGUUUUGCAAAUAGAGACCACAUAUACUGCCCACUUUUUGGAGUUAAUAUAUA